ACACGCCUCCAUCCAUUGCCGCCCACCACCACCUCGCCAGCCCCCAGCCCGGCGCUCUUCACCCUAAUGCUCUCCCGCUCGACCGCCUGCCGGGGCGCGCAGCGUGCUGCCCUUGCCCGUCAGCAGGCCGCCCGCCAGACACAGCGCCGCGGACUCGCUGCCCCAGCUUCAGGCUCCUUCCAGUACCAGACGGGCGAGGCCAAGGGCGUCAAGUAUGCCAGCAGAGACUUUGCCGGCCCCACGACGACGCUGGCUCUGGUCGCAAAGGCUGGCACGCGCUUCCAGCCGCUGCCCGGCCUCACCGAGGGCCUUGCCAACUUCGCAUUCCGGGGCACCGAACGAAGGUCGACACUGCGCAUUGUCCGCGAAUCCGAGCUUCUAGGCGCCACCCUCAGCGCAUGGCACUCCCGCGAGAACCUGGUGCUCGAGGCCAAGUUCCUCCGCGAUGACCUCCCCUACUUUGUCGAGCUCCUCGGCGAGGUGGCCAGCUCCACCAAAUACCAGCCCCACGUCUACGGAGAGGAGGUCCUGCCUCUGAUCCACGCCGCCCACAAGCGCUUCCUCGCCAGCGUCAGCGACAUGGCCACCAACUCCGCCCACAGCCUCGCUUUCCACCGCGGACUCGGCUACCCCACUGCUUCCGCGUCGCCCACGCCCUACACCAAGUACCUCGACGCCCAGGCCAUCGAAUACUACUCCAAGAUUGCCUUCGCUAAGCCCAACUUCGCCGUUGUAGCCAACGGCGCUGACCACGGCGAGUUCUCAAAGUGGGUCGGCGAGUUCUUCGACAACGUCCCUGCCUCCGCCCUCGACGAGUCCAGCGCUGGUGCAGAUCAGACCAAGUACUACGGAGGCGAGGAGCGCAUUGCGCACGACGGUGGUAACGCCAUGGUCAUCGCCUUCCCCGGCUCCAGCUCCUUCACCGGCAAGUUCUACAAGCCUGAAAUCGCUGUUCUCGGUUCCCUCCUCGGUGGCCAGUCAGCCAUCAAGUGGUCGCCAGGCUUCACCAAGCUCGGCAAUGCCGCUGCUCCGGGUGCCAAGGUCACGACCACCAGCGCCAUCUACUCUGAUGCUGGUCUCCUCUACACCACCAUCACUGGCUCUGCGCAGGCUGUUGCCAGCACCGCCAAGGCUGCCGUCGAGGCGAUCAAGAAGAUCGCCGCUGGCGAGAUCUCGAGCGAAGAGAUCUCCAAGGCGAAGGCCACCGCCAAGUUCAAGGAGCUUGAGCACGGCCAGGAUACCCGUGCCGGUCUUGAGCUUACUGGCAACGGUCUUGUUCACAACACACAAGCGUACCAGAUUGAUGAGGUUGCCAAGGCCAUCGAUGGCGUCUCAGAGCAGGCUCUCAAGUCGGCUGCCAAGCAAUUACUCGAGGGCAACGCUACCGUAUCGGCUGUCGGUGAUCUAUUUGUACUGCCGUUCGCUGCUGAUUUGGGUCUCAAGGUGUAAAUACAGUGAUGUUGAAAGAUCUUUCGAUGGAAUCUCGUUAGGCUAGGGGCUUGUGUAACAUUAUCUUGUGAUAGUCCCAGAUAGACGUGCGCCAUAUUGCGAAUUCUUUUUGUUCAUCUACCGCUUGUAUGCCAUUGAGGAACCUUCCCAAAUUAUACUGUCGCAUCCCUUGUCCGAGAGAAGACAUACGCCUACACAGAGCUGACAGGUGCUUUGAUUACUUUGCCAAACUCAAGUGUGCUCUCUAAAUACCAACGUAAACAAUCAGCUACCCUUCAGAUUCUGUCUCCCUUUACUUAGACAGCAG